UACUUACCUGGACGGGGUCAACGGGCGAUCAGGAAGGCUCGUGGCCUAGGCCAAUGGCCCACAUUGCACUUGGUGGGCGCGUUGGCUUACCAUCUCCCCAAGUGGGAGAGUGGACGUCAUAAUUUGUGGUGGAGGGGGUACGCGUUCGCGCGGCCCUUGCCAAUUUUCAAAAUUAAAUUUUGGUCCUUUGCUAGCGUUUGCUUGCAAUUGGAAAACUAAACAGUCCCUGCUUUCGUUUUUUGUCGCUUCUUGAACUCACUAGAAGUAAUAAAUUUAUGAAAAAUUUGCUCAAUUUUUAGAAAAAUUGUGGUGUUUAGAUUAAGUUUUCUAAAAAUAUGUGGUGGUUUUUGUAAUGUGGAUAUGAAUAGAUUAUGAACGAUUAAAGUAAUUGUUUUAUUUCUCGCGCGAGCACGAGGUGAGGCUCGAUUCACUUUCACUAUAAUCGCGGCCAUGGCGGCGAAGGUUGGGUUGUUCCCCUCGUCGUCACUCACCACCAGCCCCCACGCCAUCGCGGCUGCGCCGACCAACGCUCCCCGCCCACGCGGGGCUCGUGGAUUGGCGUCUCCAGGUCGAUCCGCGGCGGCGAUGGACGCCUUCCACGUGUCGUCGCAGGCCGCCGAGCCGCUCCUCCGCACCACCGGCGCCGCCGCCGCCGCGGCGGCGGCGGCGACGGCGACCUCCAACCCCAGGCUCCGCGUGCGGACACAUGCGCAGGGCGGCGAGGCGCCCUCCAGCGGUGGCGCCGGAGAUGGCGCGGCCGGGAAGGAGUUCUCGUGGUCGUCCAUCAUCCUUCCGUUCUUGUUCCCUGCAUUGGGAGGACUCCUUUUUGGUUAUGACAUUGGCGCAACCUCUGGAGCAUGCAUAUCUCUGCAAUCUGCUGAACUCAGUGGAACCACUUGGUUCAGCCUGUCAUCUAUACAGCUAGGGCUCGUGGCAAGCGGUUCACUCUAUGGUGCUCUUGGUGGUUCGCUUCUUGCAUAUCGCGUUGCCGAUUUUCUAGGAAGAAGAAUAGAACUGGUCACAGCUGCAGCUUUAUAUAUUUCUGGUGCUCUGGUCACUGGAUUUGCACCUGAUUUUGUACUUCUGAUCAUAGGCCGUCUCCUCUAUGGUAUCGGUAUUGGUUUGGCGAUGCACGGUGCACCUCUUUAUAUUGCAGAGACUUCUCCUUCGCGAAUACGUGGGACAUUGAUAUCUUUAAAGGAGUUGUUUAUUGUAUUAGGAAUACUGACUGGAUACCUUGUAGGGAGUCUUGAAAUUGAUGUGGUAGGAGGAUGGCGUUAUAUGUUUGGUUUUGGUGCUCCACUGGCAGUAAUAAUGGCUAUUGGUAUGUGGAAUUUACCGCCUUCACCAAGAUGGCUUCUUCUCAGGGCAGUUCAAGGAAAGGCGUCAGUGGAAGAUAACAAAAAGAAGGCAAUUCAGGCAUUGAGAUCACUGAGGGGGCGCUUUAGGAGUGACAGGGUCUUAGCAGAUGAGAUUGAUGAUACCCUUCUCUCUAUUAAGGCUGCUUAUGCAGAACAAGAAUCUGAAGGGAACAUUUGGAAGAUGUUUGAGGGAGCUAGCUUGAAGGCACUCAUCAUUGGAGGAGGACUGGUUCUCUUCCAGCAGAUAACAGGCCAGCCAAGUGUUCUAUACUAUGCAACUUCCAUUCUUCAGACUGCUGGGUUUGCAGCUGCAUCUGAUGCUGCCAAAGUAUCAAUUUUGAUUGGGUUGUUCAAGUUGUUGAUGACAGGUGUUGCAGUAUUUAAAGUUGACGAUCUUGGAAGGCGUCCACUACUUAUAGGAGGCAUUGGUGGAAUAGCUGUUUCACUGUUCUUAUUAGCAGCUUACUACAAGAUUCUGAACAGCUUCCCUUUUGUCGCUGUUGGUGCUUUACUUCUGUAUGUCGGUUCUUACCAGGUAUCGUUUGGUCCAAUAAGUUGGCUAAUGGUUUCUGAGAUCUUCCCACUCCGAACAAGAGGACGUGGGAUCAGCCUUGCAGUACUUACAAAUUUCGGCUCAAAUGCACUGGUGACAUUUGCCUUUUCACCCUUGCAGGAAUUCCUUGGACCAGCCAAUAUUUUCCUUCUAUUUGGAGCCAUAUCGUUGCUCUCCCUUGUGUUUGUCAUCCUAAAAGUUCCAGAGACUAAAGGACUUACAUUGGAGGAGAUCGAAUCCAAGCUCCUGAAGUAAGCUCACUGGUACUCAAGUUGUAUGUGUGUGUGUGUUUUUUUUGAGGGCAAGUUGCUAUGUGUUCAUUAGAUGAGGUUGAUACGUGUCGGUGUAAAUUUGUUCAGUCGAUUUAUGUGAUUAAUAUAGUCGUACAUGUAGUAUUUUGUACAUGUAAAUUCUUGUUUGGACUAAAAAUAUUCUAGAGAAAUCCAAAAAAGCUGUUCUUGAAGUGCUA